AACGCGCAGGCGCUGUAACUGCAGCACGCAUGUGUCACGGCCGUUCGCGGCGGGAGGCUGGCGAGACGCAAUGCGCCUGCGCAUGUCCCUCCGAGCGCUCACCACGCAUGUGCACACGCGACCGGCAGCGUCGGCUCCGCGCCGGGUGCGCCUGCGUAGAAGUGAGGCGCGCCAGGGCGGCUGGAGCGGUUCCCUCGCAGGCGGCGCCAUUUUGUGCUAGGUGCCCAGAUAAAACCGGCCCGGUUCUGUGUGAAGUGGGCGGCGGAGCCAGGGUCCCUGGAAUGGCGGAGACUCUCUCAGGCCUAGGCGAUUCGGGUGCGGCGGGCGCAGCGGCUCUGAGCUCUGCUUCGUCGGAGACCGGGACGCGGCGGCUGAGCGAUCUACGGGUGAUCGAUCUGCGGGCGGAGCUGAGGAAACGGAAUCUGGACUCGAGCGGCAACAAGAGCGUUUUGAUGGAGCGACUCAAGAAGGCAAUUGAAGAUGAAGGGGGUAAUCCUGAUGAAAUUGAAAUUACCUCUGAAGGAAACAAGAAGACAUCAAAGAGAUCCAGCAAAGGGCGUAAACCAGAAGAAGAGGGUGUGGAAGACAACGGGCUGGAGGAAAACUCCGGGGAUGGACAGGAGGAUGUUGAAACUAGUUUGGAGAACUUGCAAGACAUUGACAUGAUGGAUAUCAGUGUAUUGGAUGAAGCAGAAAUCGAUAAUGGAAGUGUCGCGGACUGUGUAGAAGACGACGAUGCGGAUAACCUCCCAGAGUCCCUGUCCGACAGUAGAGAGCUAGGCGAGGGAGAAAUGAAAGAGCUUCCUGAACAGCUUCAAGAACAUGCUAUAGAGGACAAAGAAACCCUAAACAAUUUAGAUACUUCAUCAUCUGACUUCACUAUAUUACAGGAAAUUGAAGAGCCAUCCUUGGAGCCAGAAAAUGAGAAAAUACUCGACAUUUUGGGGGAAACUUGUAAAUCUGAGCCAGUAAAAGAAGAAGGUUCCGAGCUGGAGCAGCCCUUUGCACAGGAUACAAGUAGCGUGGGGCCAGACAGAAAGCUUGCGGAGGAAGAGGACCUUUUUGGCAGCGCCCAUCCGGAGGAGGGUGAUUUAGAUUUGGCCAGCGAGUCAACAGCACAAGCUCAGGCGAGCAGGGCAGACACCCUGUUAGCGGUAGUGAAAAGGGAGCCCGUGGAGCAGCCAGGCGAUGGCGCGCGGACGGACUGUGAGCCUGUAGGGCUAGAGAAGCCAGUUGAGCAGAGUAGUAAAGCCUCAGAGCACACGGAAGCCUCUAGCGAGGAGGCCGCGGAAGCGCCCCAGGAAGCCUCAAGCCCAGACCCCAGAGAUAGCAAAGAAGACGUGAAGAAGUUUGCUUUUGAAGCUUGUAAUGAAGUCCCUCCGGCUCCUAAAGAGUCCUCAGCCAGUGAGGGCGCUGAUCAGAAAAUGAGUUCUGUCGAAGAUGACUCGGAUACAAAAAGGCUUUCCAAAGAGGAAAAGGGUCGUAGCAGUUGUGGUAGAAAUUUCUGGGUUAGUGGACUUUCUUCUACCACCAGAGCUACAGAUUUGAAGAAUCUUUUCAGCAAAUACGGAAAGGUGGUGGGUGCCAAGGUGGUGACAAAUGCCCGGAGUCCUGGAGCUCGCUGCUAUGGCUUUGUUACAAUGUCCACAGCAGAAGAGGCCACAAAAUGCAUUAACCACCUGCACAAAACAGAGCUCCAUGGGAAGAUGAUCUCAGUGGAGAAAGCAAAAAAUGAGCCUACUGGGAAGAAAACCUCUGAAAAGAGAGAGGGUGAGGGGAAAAAGGAGAAGUCCAGUGACAGGUCUGCAAACCUUAAGAGAGAAGAUAAAGCUGAUAGAAAAGAGGAUGUUAAGAAGGGUGAAGACGGAAGUGGAGAAAAGAGUAAAGAUCAAGACGAUCAGAAACCCGGCCCCUCAGAGCGAUCUCGAACUACAAAAUCAGGAAGUCGGGGAACAGAGCGGACUGUAGUGAUGGAUAAAUCUAAAGGUGUGCCUGUUAUUAGCGUCAAAACAUCCGGAUCCAAAGAGAGAGUUUCUAAGAGCCAGGAUCGCAAAUCAGCCAGCAGAGAGAAGCGGUCCGUUGUGUCCUUUGAUAAAGUCAAAGAGCCUCGGAAGUCGAGAGACUCCGAGUCCCGUAGGGUGCGUGAGCGCAGUGAGUGGGAGCAGCGCAUGCAGGCGCAGUGGGAGCGGGAGGAGCGGGAGCGGCUGGAGAUCGCCCGGGAGCGGCUGGCCUUCCACCGGCACCGCCUGGAGCGGGAGCGCAUGGAGCGGGAGCGGCUGGAGCGCGAGCGCAUGCACGUGGAGCACGAGCGCCGGCGGGAGCAGGAGCGCAUCCACCGUGAGCGCGAGGAGCUGCGGCGCCAGCAGGAGCUGCGCUACGAGCAGGAGCGGCGGCCUGCGGUGCGGAGGCCCUACGACGUGGACGGCCGGCGAGAUGAUGCCUAUUGGCCGGAAGCAAAGCGGGCUGCCCUGGAUGAGCGCUACCACUCUGACUUCAACCGCCAAGACCGCUUCCACGACUUUGACCACAGGGACCGGGGCCGCUACCCGGACCACUCCGUCGACAGGAGAGAAGGUUCAAGAUCCAUGAUGGGAGAAAGAGAAGGGCAACAUUAUCCCGAACGGCACGGAGGACCAGAGCGCCACGGGCGGGACUCCCGCGAUGGGUGGGGCGGAUACGGCUCUGACAAGAGGAUCAGCGAGGGCCGGGGGCUGCCUCCUCCACCCAGGGGCAGACGUGACUGGGGGGACCAUGGCCGAAGAAUAGAGGAUGACCGUGCGUGGCAGGGUGCUGCUGAUGGAGGCAUGAUAGACAGGGACCACAAGAGGUGGCAAGGUGGCGAAAGAAGUAUGUCUGGUCACUCUGGGCCAGGUCACAUGAUGAACCGGGGAGGGAUGUCAGGGCGCGGCAGCUUCGCCCCGGGUGGGGCCUCGCGGGGCCACGUGAUCCCGCGCGGCGGAAUGCAGGGGGGCUUUGGAGGACAGAACCGGGGGAGCCGACCCAACGACACCCGCUUCACCCGCCGCUACUAAGUGCUUGGAUCCCUAUGUUCUGUCACGUGGCAACACGAGUAUGUUUUGUUAGGAGUUGUCUUAAACUCUGUACAAUAAUUUUUUUUUUAUCUGCUGCCAUAUUGUAGCUCAAUACAAUGUGAAUGUUUUGUGUUUUUUUUGUUCCUUUUUUUUUUUUUUGGUUUUGUUUUUUUGUAAUAAAUGUGUUUCUGUUCACAUACCC